AUGACUGCGUCCCGCAAAUCAUCUAUACCUAACGCUGGAGCAAGAGAAGUGUACUUUGGACAAGAAGUCGUCAACCGAGUGUCCUUCUUAAGAGAAGACCUGGAUUUUGUGUCAAAUGCUGUCGUUCAUCCAUCUACAAGGUUUAUUUUCUACUGGAAGGGCGAUCCUUUAGUGAACAAGGCUGCUCCCAAAGAGAAAUUGAUCGUACUCACCAAUGGCGAUAAUCAGCUUCUUCAUGAGAAUACCGCCGGUACAAAGAAAGGCCUUUUUGCCACUGAAAAAUGGAAGAAGGUUGUUGAGCGCUGGAGCAAUGACAACAAGGAUCAGUUGCCAACCUUGCGUGAUAAUGGCAAGCCGACGUUCCUCUUCUUAGGUAUGAGAGACGAGAGUGUGGGCCUCGAUUUACAUCAACUCAAAUGCGAGGACCCAGAAUGCUAUCUUGAUCAUCAAGGCCGCUACUUUGGAAUUCCCUUCUUUGGCGUUGACUUGACCAAUGCCCCGAAGUUGCCGAUCUAG